AUGCACCAGCCGCUCAGCAUUCAAAAAGAAUACGGCCUUCCCAUACAUUUUCGAGGCUGCGACUAUGGUCGAAGGGUCGAAAACCCUGGCCAGAGCCUUCACACAGGCCUCAAUGAGGUAGGAAUAUUCCUCUGGGCAGCUAGGGCUGCGGCUAAGAGCAGUGUGCCCCACAAGGCAUCGAAACAGUUGCUGAAUAAAGUCACCAAGAAGCCAUCCAGGAAGCGGAGGAAAUCUCGCAAGCAGAGCUAUUCCACUUACAUGUACAGGGCGCUGUCCCAGGUCCAUCCUUUCACCAGGAUCUCGUCCAAGGCCAUGAGUGUUAUGAAUUCCUUUGUUGUUGACAUUUUCAGGCGCAUCACCUCCCAAGCUUCGCACCUCAUUCACUACAACAAGCAUCACGUUAUCUCGGCCAGGGAGAUCCAGAGCACCAUCCACCUCAUGUUGCCAUGGGAACUGGCCAAACACAUCGUCUCCGAAGGCACCAAAGCACUCACCAAAUACACCAACUCUGUUUAG